GCCACCUUUGUGCACUUCCGCCUCUGUGCACUGCAGCCUUUACUUCUGUUUUCCUCAGGCCUUGCGUGGGAAGCGCGGUUCCCGGGCUGGCGGGUCUGUGCGCUCUUCUAGGGCCAGUGCUACACGACGAGGGAGAGGCGGCUUUAUAGGGAAGGAGAAUUCAGGAGCUGCCACACAGGCCAGAUCUUUCAUGACCCCAGUCCUCCUCUUCUAACCCAGCGUAUCUUGAGAGUUGCCUACAUUUUCCCAAGAACAGCAGAAAAUGAAUAAAUCCCAGAUUGAACAGAAAUUCCAGGGAUCAGUAUCAUUUACGGAUGUGACUGUGGGCUUCACCCAAGAGGAGUGGCAGCACCUGGACCCAACUCAGAGGUCCCUUUACAGAGAUGUGAUGCUGGAGAACUACAGUAACCUUGUCUCAGUGGGGUAUUGUGUUACCAAACCAGAGGUGAUCUUCAGGCUGGAGCAAGGAGAGGAGCCAUGGAUACUGGAGGAAGAAUUCCCAAGACAGAGCUUCCCAGAAGUCUGGAAGACUGACCACAUGAAAGAAAAGAACCAAGAAAACCAGCCUAAACAUGUGUGGGAAGUUGUAUUCAUCAAUAACAAAAUGCUGACUAAAGAACAAGUGCUCUUUUCAACAGCCUCUCAGCCACAGUUUGCCUUCACCUCUGAAGGGACAUCAGACACCUUUACCAGGCUACCCGUGGGAUACCUCAGCAACUCUGCCAUUGCAUAGUCUUCGUGGGCAAUACCUUAACUGCAUCCAGUUUUCUCCAGGAGCACAGGUAUGACAUUACAUUGAUGACAUCCUCCUCUGAGGAAAUUCGUUUCACAAAUCCACUUGGGACAUACAAAUACCCACAAAAGAACUCACAAAAAGAGGCAUAAGUUAUUUCACCACACAUAACACAAAGAUCUACCCCCUCAGUUAAGUUCCUGAAAAUUAUUUGUAAACCAAGGGCCGCUCCAUCCCUGACACCGUCAAGAAACAGCUAUUGACUGUUUUUUUUGUUUUUUUUUUCAUUGUGUGUUCUUAACACACACGGUGUUAAUACAGAUAUGUCCUUUAGUCCUUUUGGGGUUCUGUAGGCAACAUAUUUCCCCAGUUAAAUUUUUUUUUUAAUCUCACUGAUGCUGUUACUUUCAAAUUGGCCCAACUUGUAUAGGGCCUCCUCCAAAAGCAGGCUCAAGAACCAGUCCAAAUUGAAAUCAGCAGGUGCUCCCAUUCAUGCCCUCAGAGACUCUUUCACUGUGGGGGCUUUAGCAGCCUCCUGGAAGCCAAACCAAGGCUGCAAGGAAUACCGUGCUGGUGGAUGAGGCAUUCUGUAAACCUCUUGAUGUUGGUUUUGACAGAUGCAUUGCAGGCAGGGAAGGCAAAUCCAUGUACUCCAAAUCUUUUGAUGGUAGGUACAAAAUACUAUCUGUUUUGUGAUGGGAAUGAUCUAAUGCAGUCACCCUGAUAACAAGUAGCUAAACUGAUCCAUCCACGGAAUGGUGCCAAGUUGGUUGGUAAUUGGUGGUCUCUACUGCUGGCAGAUUAGGCACUUAACAGGGACUUUAGCCAGAUCGGCCUUGAUGAGAGUGAGUCCGUUUUGCUGAGCCCAUGCAUAAUCUCUUUCACUCCCGCUGCGGCCACUUCAUUCAUGAGCCCACUGGGCAAUGCCAGAAGAGGCUGGGAAAAGGGCCUGACUGACAGAAGGGGAUGGGCAUCCACAGAAUGUGUCCUUAAUUAUUCAGUCCUCCAGUGAGGUUACUCUUUGGUGAGCAUUCACAUGGUACACAAAUACCUUCACUCUGCCCAUUUGGAAAGGUCUGGGCAUGCACCUCUUCCCAAGAACUUUUCAAAGAUUUUCCAGGGUACCCCUUCUUAGUCCUUGACCAUUUAGCUAAACCAUUAGCCACUGUACAUAAAUACGUGUAGACCCAUAACUUUGGCCAUCUCUGCUUCCAGGUAAAAUAAACCAGGUGCACUGCUCAAAUUUCUUCCCCUUUGGAUGAUUUCCUUUUACCACUGACUUUCAGGGCCAUCUCAGAGUGGGGCUGCAUACUGUGCAGAAUCAUCUAACCCAAGCCUGAGGUUUUUUCUUUCUCAGUCAUCUGGUCAUAGGGAACUCCUCAUGAGGCCAUAGCUGUGGAUUUAGGGGUGGGGGGCAUGGGGUUAACAGAUAUACUGAAAGCAUUUGUAGGCAUUGAGGAUCUCGGCUCCAUUGAACUCUGUUCUUAUUUUCCUGUCCCAGUUUUCAGGGUUCUGUUCCCUACCAGUCAAUGCCCUAACUUGUAAUGAGGCUGUGUAAGGUUGGAAAUUCAGUUUACAUAGUAAUUAAGCUACCCAACAGAUUUGUCACUGGGUUUCCUUUCAUAAAUCUCAGCCCUGCAGCUUUAGGGGAUGAGGUGCUUUCAAGGUUAUCAUUGAAGCUUUAAGGUCCCUGUGUGGAUCUUGAGCUGGGAAUUUAAAUCCCCGAGCUUCUCAUCUUCUUUCCCCAAAGUUCUCCAGCACAUUUGGAAGUAACAGCCAGUUCCAUUAUACUCCUUGUGUUCACUAAAAUAUCUAGGGGAGAAAAUACUUGAUUUCCCAGAGCCUUGCUUUCUAUAGGCACUUGAUUACAGGUAUCUAAAGGUAAUAAUUUGUGUAUCUGUAUUGCCACUGCAUGUCAUGGACUAUCAGUGACCCUUUACAACUGAAACAGGAUCUUUAAUAGCUUUAGAUCUGACUCUAGUCAGAUAACAGCACCUAAUUAAGAAAAACCAGACCCAGUUCAGAAAAGCCAGACCUAAUUUGGUACAAAUUUAUGAUUCAGGAAGGAUUUAAUUAGAGACAUAGAACCAUAAGAAGAGUGUGUAUGUCUAAAGGGAUUUAUUACAGGGCUUUGGCUUUCUACAGCUGUGGGAACUGGUUAAGCAGUCUCUAUAAGGUUGUUGUCUUCAUGUCUGAUGAAGGCGCUUGAAGUCCACAAGGCAGACAAUAAGGAAAGGAAGGUGGAUGUAAUGCGGAAGAGAGCAAAAACAAACGAGAACUCACAACCAUGAGUGGCGCCGACGAGGAUGGGUUAAAACUGGAGUCAGUUCUCAUUGCCUCUGACCUUGAUGGUGUGGUGUCCUACAGAAGCUUGGCCCCUUAGUCACUGAGGUGGUAUGUGCAUCAGAGGAGCUGAAGGAUCCAUGUGGAACACAGUCCUAGAGGUGUCUCAUGCCAAUGAGGUGGUCAGUAGAUCAGCAAUAGCACGUGUGAGAUACAAAAUGGCUGCUACAUCACUUAUGCCCUCCAAGUCUUGCACAAGAAUCUCUUUCAUGGUCCACCCCAUGGGAAACAUAUAGGAAAAGGAAUUUUGGGAAAUGUAAUUCAGUCUCGCCUAGGUAACACAUUACAGAGCAACCACAUUGGCCUAUGAAGGAACUGUGAAAUCAGUUCAAUGAAUCAGAGCUAACAUUUUUAAAGAAAUAAAACAUAAUAUCAGAAUUCAUUAUAGAUAUAGGUAAAUACUGUUUUAUGAAAAAUAUUUAAGGUCAGUUAUAUGUUAUCCUGGACUGAAGUGGUUUUCCCCCAGAUCCAUUCUAAUGUGACUGUUUUGGAGGUAGAGCCCUUAAAGAGAGAAAGUUAAAUGAGGUCAUAAGGGUGAGGCCCUAAUCCAACAUGACUGGAGUCCUUAUAAAAAGAGGAGGAGACCCAAGGAUGAUCAUUGCACAAAGAAAAGGCCAUGCAAGGACACAGCGAGAAGGCAGCCAUUUGCAAGCCAAGGAGAAUACAAAUCUACCAACACCUUGACCUUGGGCUUCCAGCUUCCAAAACUGAGCCAAAUAAAUUUCAGUUAAGUCACCUAGUCUGUGGUGAUAUUUUGUUAUGGCAGCUGAAUGUUUGUGUCCCACCACCCCAAUUCAUAUGUUGAAAUUUAAUCUCCAGUGUGAUGGCAUUAGAAGGUGGGACAGUUGGGAAGUGAUUAUGUCUGGAGAGUGGAGCCCUCAUGAAUGGGAACCCCAGCCUUUCCACCAUGUGAGGACACAGUGAGAAAUUACUGUCUGUUAACCAGGAAGACAGUUCUCACCAGAAUGCAACCAUACUUGUGCAUUAAUCUUGGACUUCCCAGCCUCCAGAACUGUGCAAAAUAAAUUUCUGUUGUUUAUAAGCUAUCCAGUCUGUGGUGUUUUGUUAUAGCAGCCUGAAUGACUAAGGCAGCAGCCUUAGCAGACUAGUACAUGUGUGUACUAAAGAUUGAAUCAGUCUUCUGGCAGCUUUUUUUAAAAAAACUAAGACAAUCUUUCUAGAGCAGUUUCAGGUUCAUAGCAAAAUUAAGGGGAAGGUACAGAGAGUUCCCAUUUCCCACACACGCACAGCCUCCCGUGUUACCAACAUCCCGCACCAGAGUGGUGUGUAUGUCAUAAUUGAUGAGCUUACAUUGACACAUUGUAAAAGUCCAUCAUUUACAUUGCAGU